AGUUGCGGGCUCCCAUGCACAGACAUGACUCAACACCGAUUGAGGACGAAAGGGAAAAUAUUUUUCCUUCCGUGGUAAAAGUAAUAAGAUUUGCUAGAAAAUCUACUGAACAAACUAAGUGUUAUUUGUUUUAUCUCCUCGUUUGAUGGAUAUAAUGAGAUCUCACAUUCAAUAAUGGCUAAAACUAAGUGGAUUCUAUUGUUCGCAACCUUUGUGUCAUCUUGUCUAUCUUUGGCCACACUAAUUGUUGCAUUCUGUACACCAAAUUGGGUUGUUUCGGAAGCAACAGAACCUCUGGCUCAAGCAAACAGUGAAGUGCAAUAUGGGCUAUUUUCAGGAUCUCUAACCAGAUACUUUCUAGUGACGCCUGUGUACUAUGACCUUACAGUGAUUUGUCUGUACGAGCAUAACGUUUGUGUCUAUAGCUGCCAAACGGAUGAAGCGAAACGAGAAAAAGAGGUUCAUGAUCUCAUGACCGGUUCGAAACCAGAUAUUUGUCCCAUAGCCACUUCCAGAAUUAUUAAGCUUCAUUCUACCGCUAAAGACUCAAUUCAAGGGUUUGACGCAUCAACUGAAGGUGAAGACAAAUCAGUGGAAUCGACGGAUGAGUUCAUCAAUGCAGGGCUUUGGUUGGCCACUGUCAUAUUCCUUGGCAUAGCAACCGCUUUCUCUGGUACCUCUGCUAGCUUUUCAAUCAUCAAUGUGCUGUUCAAUCCGGUGGAACCAAUCUUCAGCGUAUUCGGGCUGUACAUUUGGAAUGGAAUAGCGAUCGGUGCGACGCUGCUAACGAUGAUCCUAUGGGGAGCUCUGUUCGAGGACUCAAUAACGACUAAUAUUUCUAUUACGGAUACGCUUACAUCCGAGGCGCCCUACAGUUCUGAAGGCUUAGCCUCGCUUGGCUACAGCUACUGGAUUCUAUUUAUGCCGCUAGUGUUUCAUGGAGGCAAUAUCGGUUUGCUGUUGUGGCGGCAGUACGAAAUCAACAAGGAACCCCCGGAGACCACCAUUGAUGUUGAUAAGUCCGAUCUGACGGUUAUAAUGUAUUGAAAUAAACGUUGCAAUAAGGUAAAACUCAUUUUGU